UGUCCACAGCGGAUCCAUGUUAAAAGGAUAAGGACAUCUAGGAUAGGAGUAAAAUAGUUAAUUGAUGGGUAUGAUGAAUGGCCGAGGAUACAGCCAAUUAUGCUCAUAUGUCUGCACACACAGAAGGCGUGCUCGAUUCUGCAAGUAUUUCGUUCUGUGUAGCUAUAGCCUUGGGUUGGUACUCUUUGGCGUAAUAGUUGGUGCGUUUAUCAUAAUUUCAACAGACUCUACAACACCUUACACAAGCACGGACGUCGUAGAGAGGACUCGGCCGUUUGUGAAAAGAGAGAAGCUCCAGAAAGGUGUCGUUUUGGUUAACGAAAAUGCUUACCGGAAUAUCCACGAUGUUUACCUGGGUGGUAUUGGUGAUGGUAUUGACGAACCUCCUCCAUCUACGUCACACAUGGGAAGUUACACAUCUGCAGCUGUAGCGGCAGACCAUCACGCCUGCUCAGAUGUUGGGAAAAAUAUUAUGGAACGACAGGUUGGUUCAGCAGUGGACGCUGCAAUCGCGUCAAUGUUAUGUGUAGGAGUUCAAAACCCACAAAGCGUUGGGAUAGGUGGAGGCUCCUUCGUUACUAUAUACGACAGCAUUAAAAAAGAAGCGGUUUCUCUGGAUUGUCGAGAGGAGGCCCCCGCCGCAGCUUCUACAAAUAUGUUCGUCAACGAUGCACAGGCGUCUGUAUAUGGUGGUUUGGCAAUAGGGGUGCCAGCAGAAGUUGCGUGUUACAAGAAGAUGCAUGAUAUGUAUGGGCGUCUCCCCUGGCGUGCCCUGUUCCAGCCCUCUAUUAAUAUGUGCCGUAAUGGCUUUAACAUAUCUCAGGGAAUGGCGGCCGCGAUUGCUCAUAAAUCGGACCUGCUCGCGAUGACCCCUGGUCUGGAGUUGCCAAAAUUCGUGACUAAUCCAAAGACAGGAGAGCAAUAUAAGUUAGGGGAUAAUGUUAAAAUGCCCGAGUUGGCCGACACACUGGAGAUCAUCGCGGAGAAGGGGGCGGAAGAGUUAUACCAUGGCGAACUGGCCAAGACUAUCGUCAAAGAAAUCCAAGAAGCUGGAGGAAUCGUGACAUUGCAGGAUCUUAGGGAAUAUAAAGUUCUUGUUCAAGACGCUUUGAAUCUAACACUUAACAAUGGCGGUUAUACAGUGUAUGGGGCUCAACCACCUUCUAGUGGAG